AUGACGGAGGCGACCAACGUUUCACGGGUGAAUGAAGAUGGAAAGUUGUCCGCGAUACUGGAGGGCAUUGAAGUCCUCGGUGAACUUUGGAAGGACAUAAGGAAGAACAGCCCGGUAGACUCAAUGACUGAUUUUCUUAACCAUGUUGAAGGCUUCAUCAAGCUCGAAGAAGCUAUUCAACGAGCAGAAGUUGAGCAAAAUCCUAGCAAGUCUAAAUCUCCUUCUACUGGAACGUCCGUCCAAGUCCCCCAUUACCCAAAUAAUUCGAGCUCAAAUGAUAAACGUUCUAACAACAACAACAAGUCGGGGAAUGGGAUGAAGGGAAAGUUCACCAGCGAAACUGAGCAGGCUCCCCGAGAGAAUCAAGCAAAGUACACUACAUUUACCAUCUUGACUGAAGAUAUAGAAAGUGUCUACAUGGCCACUCACUCUCUAGCCCCUUAUAAGAAGCUCGGGCCCAUGAAGAAAGAUAAGUAUGUGAAGACCGAUCAGAAUCAGAGGAACGACAAUAACCAAGACUUGCUACCUCCACCGCACGAGCAAGAAGAAGUGAUCGUGGCCGUAGAGGAAAGGAAGCCUAAAAUCCCACGGCCAGGAGGGCCUACCAUCACCUUCAGCGACGAAGAUGCUGUCAAAAUCAGGUUUCCACACAACGACCCGUUUGUUGUGGAGGUCCAAAUAGCUAACAAAAUUGUGGCAAGAACCAUGAUUGAUAAUGGAGCCUCUUCCAAUAUCUUGUUCAAGACUGCCUAUGAAAAGAUGGGACUCCAGCUCAGGGAUCUAACCCCAUGUCUACCGCCUGUCUAUGGUUUCUCCGGCCAAGGAGUCGCACCUUUAGGACAAAUUCGUCUACCCCUCACUGUUGGACAAGCGCCAACAAGCAUGACUAUCAUGGCACAAUUCCUUGGGAUCCGUUUAUCAUGA